AUGAUCAUGGCUUUGAAUUUGUCCUCCCCAGUUCAUAUAAAACCCUCAUUUUUCUCUGAUAAAAUUAACACCUCCAUAAAACUUUCAGGUAAGUUUGCAUUGAAGAGAAAAGAGAAUGACACAAAAGUAGUAAAGAGAAUAGUUCAUUGUUCAGCAGCAAAUUCAAUAGAACCAGCUUGGCCAGGAACAGCUAUUCCUGAACCUAGUGAUUUCAAAACAUGGGAUGGUCCAAAACCUAUCUCUGUCUUAGGUUCAACUGGUUCCAUUGGAACUCAGACUCUUAAUAUAGUUGCUGAGUUUCCAGAAAGAUUUCGAAUUGUGGGACUAGCAGCCGGUUCAAAUGUUACUCUUCUUGCUGAUCAGGUAAAGACAUUCAAGCCUCAAGUAGUAGCUCUUAGAGAUGAGUCUAAAAUUGAUGAACUCAAAGAGGCUUUGGCUGAUGUUGAACACAAACCUGAAAUCAUUCCUGGAGAACAAGGUGUCAUUGAGGUUGCUCGUCACCCCGAUGCAGCCACAGUAGUUACCGGAAUAGUUGGUUGUGCCGGAUUAAAGCCAACGGUUGCGGCGAUUGAAGCAAGGAAAGACAUAGCAUUGGCAAACAAAGAAACUAUGAUUGCGGGUGGAGCUUUUGUUCUUCCUCUUGCUCACAAAAAUAACAUCAAAAUUCUUCCCGCCGAUUCAGAACAUUCUGCAAUUUUUCAGUGUAUUCAAGGGUUGCCAAAGGGUGCACUUAGGAAAAUCCAGUUAACGGGUUCCGGUGGCACCUUCAGAGAAUGGCCUAUUGAAAAGAUGAAAGACAUUAAAGUUGCUGAUGCAUUAAAACAUCCCAUUUGGACUUUAGGAAGAAAGAUAACUGUAGAUUCUGCUACCCUCUUCAAUAAGGGUUUAGAAGUAAUUGAAGCACAUUACUUGUUUGGAGCAGAAUAUGAUGAUAUUGAGAUUGUUAUCCAUCCACAAUCUAUCAUACAUUCUUUGGUUGAAACACAGGAUUCUUCUGUUAUUGCGCAGUUGGGGUUACCUGAUAUGCGGUUGCCACUCCUUUAUACUCUGUCAUGGCCCGAAAGAGUUUAUUGUUCUGAAAUAACUUGGCCUCGCCUCGAUCUUACCAAGUAUGGUUCUCUAACAUUUCAAGCACCGGACACCAAGAAGUUUCCGUCCGUGAAUCUUUGCUACGCGGCUGGACGUGCCGGAGGCACCAUGACCGGAGUCAUCAGCGCUGCAAACGAGAUAGCUGUAGAACUGUUUGUAGCAGAAAAGAUUAGCUAUCUAGAUAUUUUCAAGGUUGUGGAGCUAACAUGCAAUGAACAUCAGAAAGAAUUGGUAACAUCUCCAACACUCGAAGAAAUUCUUCACUAUGAUCAAUGGGCAAGACAAUAUGCUACUGGUUUGCAAAAGGCUUUGAGUUUUUGA